AUGAGCAAAAAGGAAGAUCUUACUCAGCAGAACACAUCUGAAAGUGACAGUGAUGAAGUUGAUGGCAACAAUAUAUGUGGUUUCAGAAAGAAAAAGGGAGUCGAUGGUCCUACGAAGUACAUUUCUCCUUUAGAAAAUGAGAAGAUGGAGCUGUCACACACCACAAAAAUCCCAGAUCCUUGUCCCCUUCAAGCAACCACUGGUUGCCCAGAAUCACCAUCUGAUGGGCCGCUUCAAAGACCAUCUAGCUUUCCUACAGAACAAAAGGACACAGGGAGCUGUGACAGUCCCCACACUGGCAGCGAUGUGAAAAAAGACAUGUCUGGAGAAACACAAGAUAUCCAGGAAAAUGCUGACACUGGGAAACGAAGCACAGGAAAAAUACAGGAGGAAGUAGACACACCAUCUAAAAUGGAGCUGCCUGUGGGUGUGCAACCUGCGAGCAGAGCAGGAAAAGCUGGAUGCAUCAAAGCAGAAGGCAGGGGAGAUGUCAGUGAGAAGGCAGAGAAUGAACAAAGGGGACAGGGGGAGGUGGAGGAAAAGGAUGUCACGUUUCACAUGAGGACGCUGGGCUCCCUGUGUGGUGCUGUAACCAUGCAUGGAAUCGGUACUGCAGAGUCCUUUGCAGGGACACCUCCCAUUUCUAAACAAAGUUUCCAAGGGCUGAAAAACCUGCUGAGUGAAGGUCCUUUGCCUGAUUAUGGACCCAAUCACAGUGGCAAGGCAAGUGGCCCUUUUUCCCAAAAAAGUUUGAAGCCACGUGAGAAAACAGCUGACAAGCAAGGCCAACCCUUCACGACUUUUAGUCCUCAUUUUGGAGAGGAGAAUCGAAAGUACCACAGCUUCCACAAGGAAGGAAUGGGACAGCAGAGCAAACCUCUCCUGGUCCUCAGUUGUGCUGGGUCUGAUCAGCACCAACCAGCAGGAGAUGACAUGGAUAAUCUUAUCCUGAGACUACCAGCAACUUCUACAAAUGUAGAAAGCACAUCUUCUGAGAUCCAGUCUGACCAUUCUGCAGAUAAUGCUGCAUCCAGCAGAGAGCCUGAUGUAAACGGCCUUGGAAGUCCAUCUCUCCUUCACCUCUUCUCUCAUAUUGAAUUUAUUAAGCAGCAGAUGGCCAGGGACAACGUACAGUUUGUCAGAUUUGAAUCAAUAGACCUCCACGGUGUGUCAAGAUCAAAGAAUAUUCCUUCUCGCUUUUUUCAUGAAAAAGCAAUUAACGGUGUUGCCAUGCCCAGAAGUUACCUUGAGCUGACCCUGAACCCUAAAGAUAAUGAAUUAGAUUACAUAAAUGCAAGCAAUUUUAAUUGUGACAUAAUCCUGAACCCUGAUUUAUCAACGUUUCGAAUACUCCCUUGGACUGAACAGACUGCAAGAGUGAUAUGUGAUUCUUUCACCAUCCUGGGCAAUCCACUAAUGACCUCACCGAGGCACAUUGCCAAGAAACAGCUGCACCAGCUUCAGGACUAUGGUUUUUCUCUGCACUCUGCCUUCACAUAUGAAUUUUGUAUUUAUGGCAUUACUGAGAUUGUAAAUUCAAAGACAAUAUCCUUUCCUGCAGCCACGAUACUAAAUAACCAUGACCAGACUUUCAUUCAGGAGCUCAUUGAAGGAAUGUAUUAUGCUGGUGCCAACAUUGAAAGCUUUUCUUCUUCCACUGGGCCUGGGCAAAUGGAGAUUACAUUUCAUCCAGAGUUUGGCAUAGAUGCUGCUGACAGUGCCUUCACAUUUAGAACAGGCAUUAAAGAGGUGGCUAAGAAAUAUAGCUACAUUGCUAGCUUUUUCUCAGAAUCGGGAUUCUACAAUUCAGGGGCUCUGUCACAUAGCCUGUGGGAUGUGAAUGGCCAGAAGAAUUUGUUUUCUGCUGGUUAUGGAGUUGAGGAGCUCUCAGAUAUUGGAAAAUAUUGGUUAUCAGGUCUCUUGGCACACACAGCAGCUAUUAGCUGUUUGAUGGCUCCUACCACCAGCUGCCGCAAGCCUUAUUCUAAAUACAGUAAAGAAUCAAAAGAGACUGUAAAUGCAAAAUGGGGAUAUAAUGACAACAGCUGUGCCUUUAAUGUCAAAUGUCAUGGUGGAAAAGGCACUCAAAUAGAGAAUAAAUUAAGCUCUGCUACAGCUAACCCCUACCUGGUACUUGCUGCUACUAUUGCUGCGGGUCUAGACGGAGUGAAAAGAGAACUUAGGUAUGAUGAUAUGCUCCAAGAUGAAAAUCACACUGCUGAUCUCAAACAUUCAUCAGUCCCUCUGAAGCUAGAAGAUGCUCUUGUGGCACUGGAGAAAGAUCAAUGCAUUAAGGAAGCCUUAGGUGAAAGUUUUAUCCGAUACUUUGUUGCCAUGAAACAUUAUGAGUUAGAAACUGAAGAAAUGGAUAGUGAAAGGAAUAAAUGCCUGGGGUAUUUUAUUUAG